UAGCUCACCUUCUGAGUUGAAAAACUCUGGACAUGGUUGAGAGACCGUUUCCCCGAGAGAAGCAGGUGGCCAGCAGUUCAGCUUUCUGUCAUUUCUCUCAGGAGGAGCCAGAAUUGACCUUUUGCCAGGAUGGAGGUGGCCCUCUCUGCCCCACAGAUACUCUCAGAGCCCCUGAGGAGGGGGACUCCUCUGCCUCUGAGCCAGCUGGUGGAGGAGAGCAGGAGCAGAGCCAGCAUCCCCAAUCAUCUACUGGACUCAAAAAUUUAUGCCAAACUGAAAAGCAACAGCCUGAUCCAAGCAGAGCCCCCAGAGCUUCACUUCAGUGGGUUUGAGCUUGGGAAGGAUUACCUAAAGAUUCUGAAACUAAUCAACAUCUCAUCUGAAGUGAUGAAUAUUCAUAUCAUUCCCACCCAAACCAAGCACUUCCAAACAACUUACACCAAAAAGUAUCGACUCAUCCCCGGCCUCGCCUACACACUGAAGGUCCGAUUCUGCCCUGACGAGUGGCGUUACUUCUAUGACUGCGUUCGGGUUCACUGCAAGGGGGAAGAGAACCUGUUAAUUCCAGUUCAUGCUUACCCUGUCAUCGAUGACCUGCACAUCCCUCCUCACAUUGACCUGUCAGCCGUACCACUUGGACAAAGUGUAAGCCAUGCGAUUCCUCUGAGAUGCAGCUGUCCCAUUGACUUUGAGUUUCAGGUGCACAUCAUUCAGCCCCACGAGGCUUUCUCCAUCCAUCCCCUUACAGGUGUGAUUCCAGCUAAUGGUGAGGUGGAGCUCAUGGUGACCUUCAGUCCGUUCCAAUAUGAAACUUCUCAGGCCACCAUCCAGCUGGUCAUCUCACAGUUCAAUACCAAACCCUACCUCUGCACCAUCACUGGGAGUUGUGCCCCAGCCCUCAGUGAGCGGGAAGGAAAGUCGGGUCAUGCCAGUGCAGUGCUUGCGAAAUGGAAAGGAUCUUCACCUGUCACUCAAGUGCCUCCCCGAAGUAAAACCAAAUACAGGUUAAUCAAGGAGGCUGACAAAUCAAAGGCAAUCAGGGAUCAGCCUGGGGUGAAGCCGCUGGUGGAUGUUUCUACUCCAGCAGGGGUUGCAAAGAUGCUGAUCAAAGACACCAAUAAACUGAGCUCUAAAGCCCUGAGGGAAGCCAUUUCCUGUGGCAGCAUGGUCAGUCUGCAAACCAAGCAGAUGAAGGAGGCCCUGUUCAUAAAAAAGGUUCAGCAAAACGUGAAGGAGGAGCAAGCCAACCACAUCAGAUGGCAAGUUCAUGUUGGUAAGGACCCUGUGUCAGAGCAAACCAGGAGGCAGAUACUGGAGGAGAGGGAGGUUGCGUUGCAUGAUUACAUGGUGAAAAGGGGAGAUUUAAGUGAAGAGGAAGAAUUUGCCGCUGGACGAGCUAAACUUUCCUCCAGACGAGUGCUUUGUGAAGCUGGACAGGCCCCAGAGGGAGCCCCAUCCUUCCAGUUUUACCCCUGUUUUCCGUGGGAGCUGAGACAAAGAGCCCUCAGACUAUUCCAGCAGGCAGCACGCAAGGUUGUGAUCCGAUGUCGCAUGAACCGCAGACUGGCGUGUUUGAAGAAGCUGGCAGACAGCGUGAAGCACCUGCCCUCGGCACAGAAAGUUGAAGAGAAGAAGACAGGUGAUCUGAGGGUCUCACCAGACAAAGUCUUCCCAUUUUCCUUUCCCAUUUUCCCUGAUGAAGAUGACCCACUGGCUCACAGUCAUUUGGUCCCAGUGCCUGUGGAUCCCGUUGAUGUGACUGUGACAACACAAAUUCCUUUCUUCAAGCUUCAAGUUCCUCAGCACUAUAAGCUCAUGGGAUACCAGCCUGUCUCAACCUGGGAGGCGUUUAAUUCUUACAUCCCAACUACUUUGGCCAGAUCACUUCGCACUGGAGCUCUGGAGGAGGUUGGAGCCCAGUCUCUCCGAAAAGUGGAGGCCAAAGCAGAGAAAGAAGAGCGACAUGAAAAUAAAGAGGCAGCUGUGGAAGCAAAGGAGGCUGUCGGUCUCAGCUUCACUGCCCCUGAAGCUCUGCUCAGACCUCUUCCUGCAAACCCACUCCGAAUCUUUAACCCAGCUCCAGGCCUGCAGACUUACAAACCCGCCCCUAAAUACCUGGAGAGUGAUCUGGAGUUCCACCUCUGCCCUCUGCCCAGGCACACUGUCCCUGAGAGCAACAUGUGUGGAGCAAGGACACAAACUCUACACACUCAGAAGAAGUUUCUCGACCGCAAGGAAGUGAUACAAGGGGUUAUGACAUGGAAGAAUUUUGACUCGAUCACCUUGAACUGUCUGUCCAACCAACCUGCUCUCACCAGUGGCUGUGUCCUGCGCAGGUCUGUCGACUACAGCACAGAUAUACUUCCACUUACAGCACCUCCUCCUCUCACCGCCCUUCCCGAUGAUUUGACACCGCUAAUGGACAAAGCGUGUGAGGACUCAGGAGUCCAACUGACACCAGAGAUGAUCAGAGCAGAGUUCUUGUCUAGUGAAGCUCUGGUCUCCAAUAGCAACCUCACCACAGGGACGACAGCCAGGCACCAGAGGGAGCUUCAGAUGGACGUAGCCCACAGGUCUGAGUUCAACCAGAUGGGAAAAAGAGUGAUGACCAGGCUGAAGCAACUUGGAGACACCAGCAGAACUUCUCAUUCACCGGGAGAAAACUCAGACGCCUUCAGCAGAUGUGACAAUGACAGGAGGGAAGUGGAAGAAGAGGAGUGAAGGAGAUGAGACAUCAUCAACUUCAACUGUUCUUUAACCCUUAUUAACACGUUCUUGUUAACACGCUCUUGCAGCAGCCUC